AUGUCAACAUGAUCACAACUUAGAUUUCAAGACAGAGCUUCUCCAUUAAUAGAAGAAUUAAUUAUAUUUCACGAUCACGCUAUACUAGUUUUAACUUUAGUAACUACUUUAGUAGGUUAUAUUAUUUUAACUAUAUUUAGAAAUAAAUUUAUUGACCGAUUUUUACUUGAAGGUCAUUUAAUUGAAGUAAUUUGAACAGUAAUUCCAGCUUUCUUACUAAUUUUUAUUGCUUUACCAUCCCUUCAUCUUUUAUAUUUAUUAGAUGAAUACGAUAAUCCAUCUUUAACUAUUAAAUCUAUGGGACAUCAAUGAUAUUGAUCCUAUGAAUAUUCAGAUUUUUUAGAUAUUGAAUUUGAUUCUUAUAUAAUUCCCUCAAAAGACUUAGAAGACAACCAGUUCCGUUUAAUUGAAGUUGAUAACCGGAUAAUUGUUCCUAUAAAUACAUAUGUCCGAAUUCUAGUUUCCUCAACUGACGUUAUCCACUCAUGAACUGUUCCAGCUUUAAGAGUUAAAGCAGAUGCCAUUCCAGGACGAUUAAAUCAACUUACAUUUCUAGUAAAUCGACCAGGAUUAUUUUUCGGGCAAUGUUCGGAGAUUUGUGGAGCUAAUCAUAGUUUUAUGCCAAUUGUGGUAGAGAGAAUUUCAAUGAAUUCAUUUUUAAACUGAAUUAACAAUUUUGAAUAA